AAAAAAAAAAACCCUCUCCUUCGUCCUCUCCCAGAUGUUGAAUCAAGUAAUAGUCUCCACAAAGGAAAACCCAUCCCAGUCAGAACGGAAGAGUGCGUAUUAACCUCAAUUCAAGUUCCAUUUUGGGAUUUUGUGAAUCCGAGGACUUUGGGGAUCAUCUCUGCAAAUGGCUCCAAUCUAUCCAAGCGCCAAUUGACCUUAUCCUCGUCGCUUCCGCCGUACGGGAAGACGCUCCCCUUUUCCCAUGGCAACGAUGUCGUAUUUGGAUGUUGAUAGGUUCAAGCUCCCCCCUCUUUCUCUGCCACCGCUCUGCACUUGUCCUUGCCGUCCCAUUUCGUCCCAAUCCCUAAUUAUCCAUCGCCGUUGCUCCAGGCUCAGCCAAAUCCGUCUCGUGUUCUCGAGACGCAAAGCCGUGCUUCGGGUUAGUCAAAACGGCCUCUUGCCUCACCGGCGAGUCAUCACAGCUGUAGCUCAAGCCGAGCCCGACCGGCUUGAUGAAGGGAAUGCGGAAAAGGUGCUUGGGUAUACGGAAGAUGUAAUCUUGGAAUCUCAGCAGAAAGUUAGUCAGUUGAAAAACAGAAUUAUUUUUGGACUUGGCAUUGGGGUAGCCGCUGGUGGUGUUGUCUUGGCUGGAGGAUGGGUUUUCACAGUAGCCUUUGCAGCUGUUGUCUUUGCUGGUGCCCGUGAAUAUUUUGAGUUGGUUCGUAGUCGUGGAAUUACUGAAGGAAUGACCCCUCCUCCUCGCUAUGUGUCACGAGUUUGCUCCAUCAUCUGUGCCCUAAUGCCUAUGUUUAUCAUGUAUCGUGGUCAUAUUGAUGUUUCUGUGACUUCUGCUGCUUUUGUUGUGGCUAUGGCAUUACUGCUACAAAGAGGAAACCCUCGUUUUGCACAGCUAAGUAGUGCCAUCUUUGGGCUGUUCUAUUGCGGCUAUCUUCCUUGCUUUUGGGUGAAGCUUCGGUGUGGUUUAGCAGCUCCAGCUUUGAACACAAGAAUAGGUGCAACAUGGCCUUUUUUUCUUGGUGGUCAAGCCCAUUGGACAGUUGGUCUCGUAGCAACUUUGAUUUCUAUAAGUAGCAUAAUUGCUGCUGAUACAUUUGCUUUUCUUGGAGGCAAGACAUUUGGCAGGACUCCACUUACUAGUAUAAGCCCCAAAAAGACAUGGGAGGGAACUAUUGUAGGCUUCUGUGGGUGCAUACUUACUUCUGUCAUAUUGUCGAAAGUUUUCAGCUGGCCAACAACAUUGUUCAGUGCAAUGGCUUUUGGUGUUCUGAAUUUCUUUGGAUCUGUAUUUGGCGACCUUACUGAAUCUAUGAUUAAACGUGAUGCGGGUGUUAAAGACUCUGGAUCCCUAAUACCUGGUCAUGGUGGAAUACUAGACAGGGUGGACAGUUAUGUAUUCACAGGAGCACUUGCCUAUUCUUUCAUCAAAACCUUUCUACCGCUAUAUGGAGUAUGACAGUGAAGAGAAUUUGAAAUGUUGCUUUGCAUGACUCUGGGAAACUCGUGGAUAUUUUCCAAUGGGGCCAAGAAACAUGAAGCAUCACGUAAAUUUGGAUCAAGAUGUUGAGUGGAAAGGAUAGAAAAUUUUGAGGAUCAUGGGAACAAAAAACACCAGGUUUUUUCUUAUUUCCUCAACCUCAGUCCUCAGUUAAAAUCUGCAUUUCUUCUCUUCCAUUAUGCUUCCACAUUUGUAUGAAAUCGCAGGUUCGACAGCUGACCAGAUAUAUAUAUAUGUGUGUGUGUGUGUGUAUCGGCGAGUUUUGCAUCCGCUUUUGUUCUUAAUUGUAAAUAAUCAUAAUUGACUUUCAAAAGAACAAGGGCACAGCUGGCUGUGGUUUGUGUCAUUAGUAUUUAUUAUUCAAGUCCAAAGUUAGAAUUUCAGCAUUUUUAGUUAACAGCAGGAACUAUUUAGCAGGAUGUGCAUGGAAUUUUUAACAUAUUCUUACACCCCGAA